AUGUAUCAUCUGCUGAAGGGGUUUCACGAAUAUCUUACGAGGAAGGAAGAGUUUUCGGUCAUCAUCCUCGGGCUGGACGGGGCGGGAAAGACGACGUUACUUGAGAAGAUCAAGACACUAUACAAUGACACCCCCGGUUUGUCCCCAGACAAGAUCGCACCCACAGUAGGACAAAACAUGGGCAAAAUUACUCUCCCGUCAACGAUCCUGAAAUUCUGGGACUUGGGAGGACAGCGCGGAAUACGCUCUAUUUGGCAUCGCUACUACGAUGACUGCCAUGCCGUCGUGUUCGUGAUUGAUGCAGAGGACCGCGAACGCCUGAGUGAAGGCUGGGAAGUGUUUGACUCCGUCCUUUCCGCGCCUCAGAUCCUUGGUGUUCCCCUUCUACUGCUUGCGAACAAGCAGGACAGUCCGCAAAGCUUGUCCGUCGAAGAGAUCCGCAAUGACUACGAGGAAUGGCAUAGGCGAAAGGCGGAGAGCGCGCGGAGGAGUUUUGGAGAGGAGAUAGACUCGCAGCAUCGCUCGGAGCGGAUCGCGAGCUUGGACGUAAUGGGCGUGUCUGCGCUUGAAGGGACUGGUGUUCGGGCAGCGAUUGACUGGCUCUUCAUUCGCGUGCAGAACAGUCGGCGUAGGGACGAGUCAUGA